CAGUAGGCUGCCACUUCGUCUGACUACGUCGGUGAGGAAACCAACCAACCGGUCACCAUGUACACCAAGAUCAUCUUGUGCUGCCUUGUCGCCUACGCUGCUGCCCAGCAGGCCAGCAUUGACGGCCCACCACAGCCGUACAGCUUCAGCUACGACAACACCGACGAGUACGGCACCCGCAUCUCGCAGCAGGAGACCGGUGACGAGAACAACAACAAGGUCGGCUCCUACAGCUACACCGACCCGAACGGAGUGACCCGUACCGUCAAGUACACCGCCGACGCCGACGGCUUCCACGUUGUGGUCGAGACCAACGAGCCAGGCACCAAGACCUCCAACCCAGCUGACGCCCAGUACGUCGCCAACCCCAUCGAGGUCGCCCCAGCCCCAGCCGCCGCUGUCGUUGCCCAGAAGCCCGUUGUCGUGCAGGCCGCCGCCCCAGUCGUCCACGCCGUGCACGCUGCCCCCUUCACCGUCCACGCCGCUCCAGUCUCUUACGCUACUGCCCACCACGUGACCCCAGUCGCUGUCUCUGCCCAGCCAAUUGCCAUCGCUCACGCUCCACUUACCUACACUCUCGGCCGUGCCAAGAGCGCUUAGGGUAUUUUAGAAGGAACAGAGUAGCAAUGUGUACAGGACGACGGGCGAACGCCCGCUGAAUCCUGAAACGAAAGUCACGGUAUUCGAAUAAGCAGAAGUAUUUUUGUUCAAUUAGGCUUUCUGUUAAUUUUGUUAUUUCUUUUGAGAGAAUUUAAAUAAAUAUAAGCUGUUACACACA